AUGAGCGACUCGAAUGAUUACGAAGAUGAUUUAGAAGUUUCUACUAGUUUUUGCCAAUUUGAGAGACCGUUGUUCUUAAGACAGAGGAAUGUCGAGAAAAAGAGUAAUAAACGAAAGAGGGUUCAAAAACCUGUCAAGAAGGAUGUACCGAAGCAAUCGACUCCUCUAGUUCUUAUCCAUGAAGAUCCGGUCAUCAGGAAAAAGGAACAGAAAUCUACAUCCUUAAAGCUCCCCACAAAAGGGCGCUAUGUUGAGUAUGGAGAUCCUGUUAGUGGUUACAAGUUCAUAUUAACUGAACAAGAGUAUUCAAAGCUCAAAAAAAACGAACAACCAAUUGAAAGCUUCGAUCCACAUGCCUAUGACUGCGUCAAGCCAAGUGCCAAGGUCUCUUCAAAAUCAAAUAUCAUGAUUUAUUGGGAUCAAGAGAGAACUCUGAGGCUUCCACUUGUGUGUGCUGUGGCAAUUGAUGAGAUUGAUAUAGAGGAUAUCACUACUGAUUCUGUGAAGGAAUUCUAUCUCCGAUCCUCUUCCGAACAAGGUUUAGAUUACGGCACAAUAUUGAAAGGAGAGCGAGUCAAAUGGCAUCCAGACAGGCUAGUGGGUCAAAAAGCAGAUGUACUCCGUAAAGUGACCAGACUUUUCCAAAUUAUCAAUGAGUUGUGGGAAUCCCAUACAUAUAGCUCUACAUAA